AUUAUAAUGUAUAUGUAUGCAUGAAUGUACAUAUAUUUUCCGCGUAUUUUCUUGGAAAACAGUUUGCUACGCUAGGAAUAUUCGAAAUACUCUUGCUGAGAACGAUAAAAGACGCGCGCUACUUUGUCUGCCUCGAUUUCAAUAAGUAACCCACCCACCUAUACCCAGCUACUUUUCUUCCAAAUAUCACUUCUAGUCCUUAAACAGCCAACAAAAUGUCUCACUCCGUGACUAUUACUCGUACCACCACCAAUACUUCCUACAUUGUUUUAAAUACUGGCUAUUUGAAAAGUUUCAGUGGUCUUUUGAAACUCUGUCAACUGCUUCUUGGCGCUGCCAUGGUUGGCAUUUUCAGUUACUACCAACAAAAUGGAUACUGCUUUCCCGGUUAUGACGGCAUCGUUUUCGCUUUUCUAAUGUCAGUGACAUUUAUGAUAGGAACGUUCUGCCUACUGUUGUCAUGUUUGACGUCGCUUAGUACGGGAGCAAUUAUAUCAAAAACAAUUUAUGAAUUAAUUUAUCACUUUGUAGCUGCUAUUCUAUUAUUGGCCUGCUCUUUGCAAGUUAUCAUUAUAUUGAGUGAUAGAGGACAUAGAGGUAACAAACAACUGGAUGCUUAUUUCGCGGCUGGCAUCAUUGGUUUGAUCAAUGCUGCAUUAUACUUUAUCAGUACACUCUUAGCCCACCGAUCUUAUCGUGGUAUUUAAAUAUACACCAUAAAACCAAAAGAAAAACAGAUUUCAUACAAAUUCGAGUAUAGUAUCCAAAGUAAAAUAAAGUUUACGAUUACAAUAAAAAGGAAUUUACUUACGAAA